AUGGGCACGUCUUUUGGCAUCCUUCAGCAAGUCUACAUCAACACCGCUAUCUUGGCUUCCGAUACUUGGUUAAAACGGGUGUGGAAGGAACUCGAGGCCUUGGACAUGUACGUUGCAUUUGAUUCUCCGGCCCUGACGCUUCGCUACCAGCAUGACACGCUCCUGGUCAAUCUCUUCCUCAAAUUGGAAGUAGACCAAGACAAACUGCUCUGGCUUAACUGGUGCCGGAUGUUCCUACAAGUCUGCACUGUGUCGGACAUUACCACUGCUGAUGAACGUUUCAUUCGCCGCGCCAUCUGGGAUGGCCUUCGUGAUGACACCGUCCGAUCCCCUUACCAGUGGCCACGUACGGUCCGACCUACUCGGCAACACUGGGAGCUCUGGCAGACCCUUACACUCUUGGAACUGCGGCUAUUCUGCUUUUGA